GGGCUGGCGUCGGGGUGUGCUGGCGUCUGAAGCACCGCGACGGGUCGUGUGGACGUCUGCUGAGCUCGGAGAUGACGCGGGAGUCGUGCUGCUCGGGACGUCACCGUAGGGGCUGGAGCGCCGCCGUGUCCGCCACUACAGCGUCACUCAAGCCCUUCAACGCCACCUCCUACAGCGCCUCCGAGCUCCUCCCCGCUGACGACACCUGCAUGCCAUGUUCAGUGACGUGCGCAGGUGUUCGGUGCGGUGAGGACCGCAAGUGCGUGGUGCGGUGCGGCUCCCCGCGGUGUGUGUGCUCCCCGCAGUGCCACCUCCAGCACAAGGAGGCCGUGUGUGGCUCCGACGGCCGCACCUACAAGUCUGAGUGCCACCUGCUCAAGCGGGCCUGUAGGAAGAAGAAGAGGCUCCUCGUGGCGCACUAUGGACCGUGUCAGACGUGCAUUGGCGUGCGUUGCGGGACGGGGAAGAAGUGCGUGUUGGACGAGCAGAUGACCCCCAGGUGCGUGCGCUGCCCGACCACCUGCCCCGCACUCGACAAGUCUCGCCCCAUCUGCGCCGCCGACAAUCGCACCUACCUCUCCCCCUGUCACCUGAAGAGGGCCUCCUGCCGCGCCGCCGCCGAGAUCCCCAGGGCUUACAAGGGCCCCUGUAGAGAGGACGCGUCGUGCAGCGACGUGAGGUGCUGGCGGGAUCAACAGUGCCUGACGCGGGUGUCGACGGGGAAGCCGCAGUGUACCACAUGCGGCUCUUUGGAUUCCUGUCGCCCGUCUUCCCGCCCUGUCUGCGCCACAAAUGGCCGCGUCUACCCCUCCUGGUGCGCCUUCAGACACGAGGCCUGUCGCUCAGGACGGGCACUCAUACCCACACUCCACCAGCACUGUGCAGCCAAUCACACCGAUGUGGACAACUGCAACAAGCACCACUACAAAUCAAAGAAGUACAAGCAGAGACUCCGUCAGGAACAGAUCAGGAAGCAGCAGGAGAACGACCUCCGGCACCAAAUAGUGACGCAGAGGGUCCUCCAGGGCAUGGUCGAGGCCGCAGGAGCCUCCACCUUAGGCCAGAUCAACCUCGAAGAUAACCACAACGGUAUUGAAGGACAAGGUGGAGGAGGUGGAGUAGUAGACACAGACAGGAGGCGGAGCAAAACUAACAUCAGCGACAGGAGGAAGAAGCGAAAGAGGAGGAGGAGGAGGAGAAACUGCAAAAAGAACAGAAAGAGAACAAGAAAGGAGAGGCAGCGAACGAGGAAGGAGCAGAAGGCAACAAGGGUAGAAGGAGACUGACAUACCGGAGAGUGUGCCCCCAGGAGACAAUAGUGCCACCUCCCCGGCGGACACGCAGGCACUGGCACAGGUGCCAGGGAGGGAAGAGACCUGCACUCUGUCUGGAUGUUGUGGCUCACGGCAGAAAGGUGGAAUGUAAGAGAAUAGGACUCGGGGGAUGGUUUUGUUGGGAGAUAAUGGUCAUGGCGAAAAGGAUUUUUUUGCGAGAGAAAACGGAAGUUUUUUGUGAGGGGAAUGUAAGGAUUUGUUAUAGAAAACGUAAACUUUUUGGUUAGAGAAAACGUAAGGUUUUGCGAGUGAAAACGUAAGCUUUUGUGAGAGAAAAUGUAAGCUUUUGUGAGAGAAAACGUAAGCUUUUGUGAGAGAAAACGUAAGCUUUUGUGAGAGAAAACGUAAGUUUUUCCGAGUGAAAACGUAAGCUUUUGUGAGAGAAAACGUAAGCUUUUUUCCGGGAGAAAACGUAAGCUUUUUCCGAGAGAAAACGUAAGCUUUUUCAGAGAGAAAACGUAAGCUUUUGCUAGAGAAAGUUGGCGUUAAUACGAGAGAAAACGGAAAAGAACAUUAUUGACAGACACUUGUUCAGCAAGAUGCCGUGAUAGUUUAAGACAGAGACCCUUACAGGAGGAUAUUUUAAGUUAUUGUUGUGCAAGGAACAUUAACUAGGAACAAAAAAUAGACACUGUAUAAUAAAAAUCACAAGAUUGUGAUAUAUCCAUGAUAAAAUAUUGAAGCCGUACAAUGGGAUCGAACCCGCGUUUCUGGAGUCCUAAGGCAUACACACACACACUACUUGUAGCCCACCAUAAUCCAGUCAGAAGUGCAUGUGUUAAGAGGAGCUCAGGAACGCAAGUUCGAACCCAUUACAUGACUCUAGUAUUUUCACAUUUGAGAUACACUCUUACAAUAGACUGGAGCAGUGACAUAUUUACUGUGUGCUAAAUAUAAUGGAAAUUAUAUUUAUAAACGGAUAUAAAUAAGUGGAUGGAACAAACAAUAUAUAUAUAUAUAUAUAUAUAUAUAUAUAUAUAUAUAUAUA